AUGUCAGUCAAGGUACAAAUUGGAGCUCCAGCCCCUGCUUUUACCACGGAAGGAGUUGUUAAUGGAAGGUUCAAAAAAAUCUCCUUAGCCGAUUAUAAAGGCAGUUGGGUGGUCCUUUUCUUCUAUCCAUUGGACUUCACCUUCGUCUGCCCCACUGAAAUUAUUGCAUUUUCGGACCGUUUCGACGAAUUUCAGAAACUCAACGUACAACCGAUUGCUGCAUCAACGGACUCAAAGUUUUCCCACUUGGCGUGGAUAGAGCGGUCUCGUAAUGAGGGUGGUUUGGGGAAAAUGAACAUUCCAGUUAUUGAAGAUACAAAUCAUUCCAUUAGUAGAGCCUACGGUGUGCUUAAGGAGGAUGAAGGUGUAGCAUAUCGGUAUGGUUUGUUUAUAAUUGAUCCUCGUGGGAUAUUGCGACAAAUAACCAUUAAUGAUAUGCCAGUUGGUCGAUCUGUUGAUGAAACUAUCCGCCUAAUUCAGGCAUUUCAGUUUGUCGAGGAACAUGGAGAAGUGUGCCCAGCUGGUUGGAAGCCAGGAGGCGCUACAAUCAAGCCAAACGUUCAACAAAGUAAGGAGUACUUCAAAAACAAGAAAUGA